UCCGCCAUGUCGCCGCCGAAUCCGCUCCAGCAACUGAAGGAUCUUUUCGAUUGCUUCGACAAGGACACAUCCGGAGCUCUCUCUGUGCAGGGCCUCUCACACAUCGCAGAUUCCGACAGCAGAGAGCUGCACGAGCUCCUGGUGGCGGCUGACAUCAAUGCCGAUGGCGUUAUCACGAGGACGGAAUGGGACGAGCAUGUCAGCUCCUGGCUGGAAGGCCACGAAGGCCAGGUCCAAGCCAUCCUGGAUGCAGCCAGUGGCAUCACCGAGGAGGUGCUACAGACCAAGCGGAGCAAGGUCCGAUCGAAGCGGCAGAUUGCUGCGGUGUGGGAUGCUGCCAGGUCGGACGGGGAAGAUGAGAUCAGCUGGUUCGGCUUGCCGGUCGUUGCAUCACAGGACCUCUCAUUCAAGGGGGAGAACCGUGCCGUUCCAAUCGGACAGAAAUUGGAGGUGAUGGUUGGGGGAAGCUGCUUCUUGUGCGAGGUGGCUGCAUAUGAUGAGGAUCAGGACUAUCCCUACCUGCUGCACUUUCCUGCUGGUGACGUGAAAGAGAAGCGCUGUAUGAUCGACGUUACCAGCAGCCGAAUCAUCGCUCCAUUGUGGACACGACAGAAAGCGCCUUUCCAUUUCAUCGAUGCAGAAGAAGAGGUCUCGCCGCUGGAGAUGUUGACGAGUCAUGCCAAUGGUGAGCCGAUCAGUCCUUCGCAGUUGGUGAGCCUGGUUCGCCGUGCACGGCAGCAGUUCCAGAACGAACCUGCGCUUCUGCGAAUCUCCGUGCAAGGUGCUUCCACUGUCUCAAUCUUCGGCGACAUCCAUGGCAACUUUGCAGGCUUUGCCAGCCUGGCAGCACAACUGCAAGGAUCGGGAAAAGCCAAGCUGCUCGACACUGUGAAGGAUACUAUGCUGGAACCGCCUGCCGACAUUGUCAUCUUCCUGGGUGAUUUGGUGGAUCGUGGGGAUGAGAAUCUCAAGCUCCUGCUGACGGUCCUGGCUUGGAAAGUGCAGCAUCCUGACCGAAUUUUUCUGCUGCGCGGCAAUCAUGAGGAUGAGAACAUCAACUGCCGCUAUGGCUUUGAGAAAGAAUGUAGAGACCUCUUUGGCGAAGACGGCAGGAAAAUCUAUCGUCAAGUGAACAACAUGUUCAACUACCUGCCUGUCGCCGCAGUCCUUGGUGACUUCGCCUUUUGCUGCCAUGGCGGCCUUGGGCCAAGUAUCCUAUCUUUGGACGAUGUCAGCCUAUUGGAUGCGCACAAGCCCAUCUCGCUAGAGGUGCCACCAAGCACCAACAUGGACAAGACCGCAAUUGACCUCUUGUGGGCGGACCCGUGCGAGGAGGUUGAUGCAGAUGUCAAUGCUGACGGUUUCGCAGAAAAUUCUGCGCGAGGAAUGGGACAUGUUUGGAACGCUGCAGCAAGCAGGAGAUUCCUUGAAACCACGGGCCUGAAGAUCAUCAUCCGUGGUCAUGAGUGUGAGCCGGCCGGCUACUUGUACAACCAUGACAGGCAGGUCUUGACCAUCUUCUCAAGCCCCGCCUACAGCGAAAAUAACGAUGCGGCAGUUGCAACUUUAGAUGCGUCUGGCCUCAGCAGCUUGAAUUUUCUGAGGGUGAAUGCGGAGAACAAGCCAGUCUCGGCAGCAGCACAGCUGGAGGACCGUGACUCCCUGCAAAGAAAGGCGAAGCCACGGAGUGUUUGCCAAGGUUGUGUCUCCUGCUGA